AACCGUUUUCAUUUUUCAUCAUCGAUAUUUAUCGAAUUAUAUUUUAUUUUACUGAGCAUCAAUUCCAAUCCCAUGAUGAUCAACAUCAUGAUGGAAGCUUCAACUCCUGCUAAUAAUAAAGGAAACAGUCUGAGACGAAGGACUUUGAUGAAGUUAGUUGAUACACCUAUAACAUCAGAACCAAUUAAUGACGAAACCGAAAGAUCUUCAAGACGAAGCAUUAUUGAAAUACAGAAAAAGGCUCAAGUAGUAGCGCAAAGUCCAUCCCUAAACGACUCAGUCAGAUUUAGUGGAGAGCAAGAAAUAAAGGACCACUUACAAAUAUGCACCAAAUUAUAUGCUGAGAAUAAAAUAACUACAGGCGUAGCUUGGCAGCUCCAAAUUAUAGAUUUGUUGAGAGUUGUAUCUAGAAAACAGAGCAGUGACUCGUUGCAAGUCGCAAGUACUUCUCUAGAUAUUGGAGCCAAAGUGUAUGGUUUACGUGUAGAUGAUGUACAUGCAGAAGGUUUGAAAUUAGCCAAUUCAAUGGCACGUUUCGCUGCAAAAAAUCAAGCUCCAGAAAAAGAAAAUGAAGAUGUGGAGAAUAAUGUGGAAAAUCCUGAGGAUGCACCAAAAGCUAAAAAAAAGAAGAAGACUCUAAGAUUUGACGCAGGGGUAAAAAAUACUGUGGUCAAGGAUAGAAACACUCUACUCGCCCCAAUUCCACAAUUAGAAUCUGUUUUUUUCUCAAACAGGAUCGAUUCUAAUUUGAGUACAGUAGAUAACCUGUUCACCAAUAGUUUGCCAAUGGAUAAAUCAUGCUGUAAAUUAUUAGCCUUAGGCGAAGUGAAAGCCUGGGUAACAGGACCUGACGAGGCAGUUGAAGGUCUCGAGGAGCCAAAAAGUUUCGAUAUAGAUCUUCUUCCAAAGGACGGUAACAUAUGUACCCCAUUCCAAAACUUCAUUUUAGAUCAGUGGAAUCCAGACGAAGAAGAUCAGAAUAACCCCUCCAAAAACGAUGUAUUCGAUAAUGAUGUAGUGGUUUAUGAUGACAACGGAAUACCACUACAUGAACUAGACGGUUCCAUACACGAAGAGGAUUUCAACGAUAACAAUGAUGUGGGUCUUGCCGAAGAUGACGACGAGCCGCCAACGGAGAACUUUUUGGCCCAACAAAUACAGCACGAUGUGGCUCAUGUGGUUGAUAUAAUGAAAACCGAGACUACACUUCAGAGAUCUGAAUAUUCCUAUAAUACUGUGAUCACCCUUGGCAAUGGAAAGGUCAUUGAUCAAAUAUGGGCCGGACCCAGCCAUUGGAAACUCAAGUUCUUGCGUAGGAGUAAAGCAAGAUAUUCGGGGGCCGUAGAGGCUCAGACAGUAGCCAGGCAAAAGAAAAAAUUGAAAACGAAAGAACCAGAACCGAUAGAUCUUUUGAAUUCGGAGGAUGUGGAGGCGGAGCUGGAGAAAUUGAAGCGGAUCAAGAUCAAGAAAAAAAUUUAUCCUUCCAAUAAAAUAACCCUGCCUUUGCCGGAUGCCUCAUGCCGUAACAUGAUGAACGAUGUUUAUGAACUAAUGAUCAAGCCUGGUACGAUAGUGACCCAAGGUAGAAACGAUAGGGUGGAAGACACUCAAGAUAAUUUCGAUAAUAUGGGUCCUAUGGAAGCGGAGGAGCACGAUAUGGACAAUGACGAUGGUAUGGAUCAUAUGGAUCACAUGGAUCAUGACCCAGGAAACGAUAUUGAAAGAGAACAAACGGAAAUAUUUAGGGAGGAACAGAAUUUUAUGGGAGACAAUCUAGUGGACGCGCCUGAAUAUGCCGCGAAAAUAUACAUUCCAUACGCGUUGCAAGCGAAAAAAAUGGAUAUGAAAAAACUGAAGAGCUUCAUUUGGCAGACGUUAACACAAAAUUCGGCAGAGAAGACGAAAAAAGUUAUGCCGACGACAUUCUCCAAAGUUUACGGCCACUCGAAGGUUACGCUUCCUUCGGCAAUGGCAAAGGAACUCAGUUGUUCACUUGCCUUUUCUGCAAUACUUCAUCUUUGCAAUGAAGAAACCCUUAAAUUGACACAAGUGCAAGGAUCUAAGGAUUUCAUGAUAGAAUCUGGUUAACUGGAUGUCGUUCUAUAAAAGAUUAAAUAAAUAAAUACUUCAAAUUUUAUAAUUCUAGACUGAAAUUAUAAAAAAAAUUAAAUUUGUACAAACAUUUUAGAAUAAAGGAUACUGUUUAUUCAA